AUGAGAAGCGAGCGAGCGAGUGGGCGGCGCUGGCGGGGGCGGGUGGCGGUUGAGAGUGCGAUCGGCGUGGACCGAGGCAAAUUCAAGAGCGCCCUUGUCUUGGUUUUUGUAUGGAAGACUCCACUCGAGACUGCGCUCGCCCCCGAGUCGCGAUUGAACGAUGACUGA